AUGAUCCUGGACAGGUCAGCAGAGACAAACAGCCAGGGAGAGGCAGGAAAACUAAUGUUGAAACCCAUGGCCAAAGACAGUUUCAAAGACAUUUCUAUGUACUUCUCCAAGGAAGAAUGGGCAGAGAUGGGAGACUGGGAGAAAAUCCGGCAUAGGAAUGUGAAGAGGAACUAUGAGGAGCUGAUAUCUAUAGGUCUCAGAGCAGCUCGACCAGCAUUUAUGAGUCACCGAAGACAAGCCAUCAAAACUCACUUAGAUGACACUGAGGAGUCUGAUGAAGAAUGGACACCAAAGCAGCAAGUCAAAUCUCUUUGGGUGGCCUUCAGAGCAGAGCAGAAUAAACACCAGAAGGGAACGUCCAGGACACCCAUUAGUAAUGAAUCUAGCUCAAAGGAAUUAUCAGGAACAGGUAAUCUGCUUAACACGAGGUGCAUAAAGCAAGCCCAGAAACCACUGCCCCCUCCUGGAGAAGCUAGUACCUCUGGACAGUUUUCUAAACCAAAAUUGGAACUCAGGAGAAAGGAGCCCGAGGUGAAGAUGUACAGCUUAAGAGAAAGAAAGGGCCAUGUAUAUCAGGAGGUCAGCGAACCCCAGGAUGAUGAUUACCUAUAUUGUGAGAGCUGUCAGAACUUCUUUAUCAACAAAUGCUCUGUUCAUGGAUCACCUAUAUUUGUAAAGGACAAUGCAGUAGCCAAGGGGCAUUCUAACCGUUCAGCCCUCACUCUACCACAUGGACUGAGGAUCGGACCAUCAGGCAUCCCUGAGGCUGGACUUGGAAUAUGGAAUGAAGCAUCUGACUUGCCACUGGGUCUGCACUUUGGCCCUUAUGAGGGUCAGAUCACAGAUGAUGAAGAGGCAGCCAAUAGUGGGUACUCCUGGCUGAUCACCAAAGGAAGAAACUGUUAUGAGUAUGUGGAUGGAGUGGAUGAAUCUUUGGCAAAUUGGAUGAGAUAUGUGAACUGUGCCAGGGAUGAUGAGGAGCAGAAUCUAGUGGCCUUUCAGUAUCACAGGCAGAUCUUUUACCGAACCUGCCGUAUCAUCAAGCCAGGCUGUGAACUGCUGGUCUGGUAUGGAGAUGAGUAUGGCCAAGAACUAGGCAUCAAAUGGGGCAGCAAGUGGAAGAGUGAACUGACAGCAGAAAAAGGUGGAAAUUCCUCGGUCAUCACGUGGAACACAGUCAUCCCUCUCUAAUCCUCCCAGGAACAUCUGCAAGAGCACACCCAAAAUCAGUGA